UGACAAAGAGUCCUCUCACCUAGCAACGCGUUACCAAUGGCUUCAGCAGCGGUUCGGUUGUUGUGGAUACAAACAACACAGUAGGAGUUUUACUCUGCAAGGAGGUCUUGCCAUCAUUCAAUCAACAACCCCAGGUGACUACGGAAGCAUUCACGGAAGGCGAAAGAUGGCGACCGAACACGAAGGUGAUAUGAGUGAAAUUUCGAGUCUUACAGACUCUAGCGAUGAAGGUAAAAAGGUAGUUGAAGAGGUCGUCGAAGCGGUGGAGGAGAUCGACAAACCAGCCUACUCCGAUGAGGAUCUGGAAACGUUGGUCGGUUUCAUCCGUGGAAUGAUCAUUCUGUUCGACUACGAAGAUGAUGACUUUAACGAGGAAGUGGCCGAAACUAUCAAACUAUGGCUAACCGAUGUAAACAACCCACUGCUCUUCAUCUUCUACGAUGGUAACAGACUGUCGGCGUCGCUGGCGUUCCCACUCUGCCCGAUAAACGAUCUGAUGUACUUUAUGCGUGAACCGGAACAACUGUUUAACGUGCUGGAGCGUUUCCAUGACGAUAUCCUGUUCGGGACGCUCCAUGGUGAUAUUGAAGGUUCGUUGCUGGUGCAGCUAGAGCAGGUGUACGGACCGAUGAUACUGUCGAACGUGGACUGGUCGGAGAAUGUAAAGGCGAACGUUAUCAACGGGUUUAACGCGUUCAUGACCUACCUAACGGAGCUACACUACAAGCUGUCCGGUUUUACGUUACUGUACGUGCCCCGCGAAGGGAGCGAUAUGGAGGUGCAGGAGGUGGUGUUGAAUCGAUCGAUGAUAAAGCGUCUCGAGGCAGUUGUGAUUGACUGGACCGGGCAGAUACGGGCAACGCUUAGCGAUACGCAGCAUUUCGUGCCGGAUGAUUUGGUCUGCCCGUCGGAUGAGUACAGCUUUUGGCUUUACCGACAUGAAGUACUCACGGCUAUAAGACUCCAGUACAAAGGGCCCAAUGUGCAGCACAUCGUUCGCAUACUGGAACUGGCCCAAUCCCUCUACAUUAAGCAUCUCAAGGACGUGCUGGAAGAUUUGGACAAGGAAAUCGAAAUAGCAGAAUCAAACAUACCCUUCCUAAAGCUUUUGGUUGACCCAUGCUUCGCAAUCGGAACACUCGAGACGGCCGACGAUUUUUGCUCACAGUUGAUCUACGUGAUGCACAUCAUACGCUUCAUUGGACAGGAUUCACACUAUCUCAACAAGGAUGAAAGCAUCACGAAGCUGUUCCUGUAUCUAAGCAACGAAAUCGUAGCCUGCUGUAUGCGAGGUAUCGACAUAGAUCGCAUUCUGGCUGGAGCACCCCGGUACGGCAUUGAGGUGUGUCGCAUGAAGAUUAAUUGCUGCGAGUCUUACAAGAUUAUCUACGAGGAGAUGUUGGAGCACUUUAAAGGGGAGUUCACCUGGAAUCUGGACUACGCCGCCAUCUUUAAUCGCAUCAAUGCGUUUCUGCAACGUUUACACGACAUUCUCGAGAUCUGUGACGCAAUGCUUAUCUUUGGCAAGUAUGCGGAAAGUACGGCCUACACCUCGUACCGAUUCUUUUGCAACAAUGCGGAAGAGUUCGAACGGCGCUGCGAUCAGGUGGAGAAGAUAUUCCAUAACGCUCUCGAAACAAUCGAAUCUGUCGGUAGUACGAUUCUGGACAUUAACAACAAGGAUUGGUACCGGUACAUCGGAGAGUUCCGGGAGAUGCUCAAGAGUCUGGACGAUAUCAUAGAAAAUCUGCUCUCGAACGUGUUCUUAAUGUCGGAAAAUCUGGAGGAAAAGCUGAACGUACUCGUCACGCUGCUGAACUUUUACAAGCGAGAAAAUAUUCGCGAAAGCUUCAUGCGCAAGAUCGGUGAAGUAUGGAGCAUGCUGAAUGAUGAGAUAAUGCAACUUUCGAAGGAUGUAUCCGCUGGCAUUACAGAGUACCCUGCGCUGUUGCCUCCGCAUGCCGGCCGGUAUGCUGUGCUGAAGAUGCGCUUUGACCAUUUGACGCAUCUGCGAACUCUGAUAGUAAACUGCCGAUUCUUUCCGGAGUAUCCGCAGCAGGAGGAAGUGCUGGCACUCUACGAAGCCUGCGAAAAGCAGGUAAAGGCAGCACUGAAAGGCUUCAGCGAGUCAUGGAACAAAUCGAUCACCACCGAUAUGGCGUCCUGGUAUCAGCGGAAUCUCAUCUGCCGUAGCCAUUUGCGGCCUGGGCUAUUCGAGGUGAACAUAGAGCGUCGCCUGUUGGUGCUGUUCGACGAAGCGUACUACUUCAAAACGUUGGGUGUUAAUGUUCCGAUCAGCCUGGACCUGGAGAAACAUGAAAACACGCGGCUGACAUUCGACAACGUGCUCCGGUUGGUGCUUUAUUUUAAUGGAGUCGUUUCGUCCAUAUCGGACAAAGAGCGCUUGUUCUUUAAGCCCAUGAUACAGCAAACGGAAAGGAAAUUGGAGCCCCUCCGCAGCAAACUCACCUGGGAGGAGGAUCUUAGCGAGUUCAUCGAAGGAUACGUAGUGAACGUUCGCGAACUGCUCGAUCUGAUUGAGCUUUAUAAGCGUGAAAACCACAAGAUAUCAACCCUGGUGGAAAGAAUUUACACGAUGAUAUUCGUGCGUCUAGACCAACAACAUCCGGUCAAUAUGGCGCAGCUUAUGAACAGUGUGGCUGAGCAGAAGAAGACGGUGUUUACCGAACUGCUCGAAGUGCUGACGGAAGUGAGUAAAAACAUCUUCACCGUUUACGAUAGUCUUGGUUCAAACAUACGGAAGAUGGGCACGAUCUGGGAGCAGUAUUUGCACAAAAUCGAUAAGCUACUGAAGGCGGCCAUUUUUACCUGCACUCUGAACACACUUCGCGGUGUCCAAACGUCGCUGGAGAAUGCUCACUCGUGCCCAAUUCUUAUGAUAGAGAUUUUGCUCAAAAAGGAAGGCGCUGUGUAUGAACCAUCGGUCGAAGCGGUAGAGCAGACAUUGCGACGACUACCGGAGGAAGUUUGUCUGACGAUACGGCCCGUCCCGAGUAUGGCCCGGCGUUACCAGCUGGAUAAUGGUGAGCGCAGCUUUUACCUUCAGCUACUCGAACAUCCCGAUUACAUCCAGAUCACAAGAUCGAUCGAUGAAACGAUUAAUGACACGGUGCGAUUGCUGCGCACGUAUCAGUCAAAGUGGAACGUAUUUCGGCCAUUUUGGUGCGUCGAUAAGGCCGCCUUUAUUGAGCGCUUCAAGUUGACCGCCAUGACCUCCGACGCCUUCCAGAAGAAUAUCGAAAAGUUUGAAGAGUUGCAGAACCAACUGUCAACGCAGGGCGAUUUUGUGGUUUGUCGUUCGGUGGAAAUCGAUGCGCUGAAGCUAAAGUACGCCCUCACGAGCCACAUUGGUGAAUGGCAGACGAACUACAUCGAAUAUUUGAAGUGUAUUGCUUAUGGAAAAAUUAUUGAUUUUAACAACAUUUUGAAGCAAAACAUAGAAGAGCUACGCCACGAACCGAUGGAGGUGUACGAACUGAAGCAGCUGGAGCAACGCUACCAGACCUGCUUUGCGGAGCUGCCCGAGAAGGAGCAAGAAAUUGCACUCAUUUUAAAGUACUUUGUGGUGCUGGAAAAGUAUGUCGCCGAUUUGCUACCGGAAGCGUACGAGCUUCGCCGCAACAUCGACCAAAUUUGGGCCCAGUAUCAGGCGGACCUGAAGGCAAUUCGCGAGCAGAUAGAAAAUUAUCAGGAUCAGUUCAAGCUGUCGAUGACCGGAGCGGCCGAUGCGCUCAAGGUGGAUGCACUGCAAAUGUUGAAGAUGUUGCGAGAAGAAAUGCCCACCUCGGAAGACUCGACUCCGGACGAAGCAUUCGAAGCAAUUGACCGUUUAAUGAUGCAAUUGGAAGUGCUAGAACGCCGCGAGCGUGAGAUCGAGGAACGGAUGCGGUUGCUCGGUGUCGAUUAUGUGCGGUUGCCCGCUCUCCGAGAAAUUCGUUCCAAGCUAGAGAACUUACGUCAGGUGUGGAUUCUCGUGAAAGAGUGGCGCAUCGAACGGGAUCGUAUCAUGGCCGAAAGCUAUAGCACAGCGGACGAGAUCGAGCUAAACGUGAUGUCGGGCCAUUUUAGACAAACGUACGCUAUCCUCGCCGAAGGUCCAAUCGGUAACGAAGCGUUCGAUGUGUUCUCACGCGUAGGUGAAGAAAUUUCGCACUUUUGCGUUACGGUUACGAUCGUGUGUACGAUGAGAGCCUCCUUCAUGCAGGAGCGUCACUGGCUCAAGGUGAAAGAAAUAGCCCGAUGCGGCGAAGCAAACGAAUUGCCCGGCGAAUUGUGCAGCUUUCACGCAAUGACCGAACUGGGGCUGUACAAUUACGAGGAAGAGCUGCUCGAUCUGUGCUUUGCGGCACGCAAGGAGCACGAGGUAGAGCUCGACCUACAGGCGGUGGCCUUACAAGUCCGGGCAAUUGAAUUCCGCAUCCGUCAAGCAUCGGGUGGGGCCGGCUUUCUGGAGCUGCGCAACCCUGGUACCCAUUUCACCACGCUAUCGGAUAAUAUUGGGAUCAUAAAUCGACUUCGACGAUCGCCCCAUCGCCAUCCGUACCAAUCGCUGAUCGACUAUUGGGAACACACGCUGGGACUGAUCGAGGAGAUGCUGGAGAUCAUUGUGCGCAUGGAGUCCGAGUGUCGGACGUUGCACGAGCUGCAUCGUAUCACCAGAAGCAUUGCGCGCGGUUCCAAGAUGGAUCAUUUCAACGAUGGAUUUCGAGAAUGUUUCGCAGAGUGGUGUGAACUGAUGCGCUACAUCUCAUCAGUGCGGCUCGUGGAGGACGUGUGCCCGGUAGGUCAAGAAUUCAUCGCCGAGCUUGAAUCCGUCCGCAAGCGGCUCAAUCAGCAGGCCAAUGCGCUGGACGAUGUGCUGGGCGAGCAGCGUGAAGUUUUCGCCCGGUUUUAUCUACUUUCGGACAGCCAGCUCGUCCGUUUGAUCUCGGCACCGCUAAACUACACCCAGCUGGAGCAAUCCCUGCCAAUGCUGUACGAAAACGUUACACGGUUCCAUCUGCUUGAGCGGGGCAAACAGAACGCUCCCGGCAUCGGUGGUGUGUACACCCGGGACCAGGAAUUCGUACCGUUCGCUGAGGCACCGGCCGAUCCGCAACGGGAACCGGAUGGUGUGACUGAAUUCAUGAACGUACUCGAAUGUCACAUUCACGGCGCGAUGCAAGAUUUAUUGUCGUCAUGUCAUACGGCCCUCCGGCGGGGUUACUUCAGACGGGUGGAGUCGGGCUGGUUGCGCAGCUGGCCGUUGCAGCUGUGUCUGAAGAGUGCCGAGCUGCAGCACACGCUGCAUACCAGGAAUGCUUUGGUGCAGUGCAGUCUGCUCGGUAACAAAAAGCCGUUGAAAAUGUUGCGUGCCUUGCACACUAAGUUACUUCAAGAAUUGACGGCUUCGGCAGGCAAGCUAGAAUCGCAGUGGCAAAGUAAGAAACUGCACGAUCUGCUAGUUCUUGAGCUAAAUGCGCGGGACCUGAUCGGACGGCUCUGUCGCCGCAAGGAGCUGCACGGAUUGGUAACCUUCGAGUGGAUAUCUCAGCUACACUCGUACUGGCAUCCUACCGGGCGCAAGUGCACUGUACAGCUGCUGAACGCCCGCUUUUCCUACGGGUACGAAUGCAAACGCUCCACCGAUCCAAUGUUGCUCACACCCGUCAGCGAACGGGCACGGAUGGCAACGAUUUGUGCGUUGAAUUUUCAUCAAAUUCCACUGCUCUUAAGCACAUCCGGCGGAUGUGGAGGUCGGCAAGUGUUGCUGGAAAGUUUGGCCCAUUCGCUGGGCGCGUUCCUGCUCACGGUGGAGUGUGAUGAAAAUUCUCGCAUGGAGUAUCUGAUGCGCAUCGUGAAUGGGAUGAAAAUGGUCGGAGGAUGGCUUGUGUUUCGUUGCUUCGAGCGAUUGCCAAACAGUAUCGUGGCACAAAUCGGUGACCAUGCCCGGGAGACCAUCAUCACUCCGCGCAAACCGGUGACGAUUAAGCGGAAGUGUAUUGCCAGAGAAAGGUUUCAAAUGUUUGCACUUACCAGUUCAGGGUGCCGGAUCACCAACAGGAAGAUGGCGGAGCAAUUAGACAGGACGCUGUUCCGUCCCGUACACUUCACCACCGUCGAUCGAGUGAAAGUGAUCGAAUCUUGGCUUUGGUUGGCUGGCUGUGAUCACAGUACACGAAUUGCGAAACUAACUGAGGUGUUUCUUCGCCAAGUUAAGCUAUCUAGUACGAAGCUGGUCGAGAGAGGACUGUUCUCAUUGCGGAAAUUAAAACUUCUAAUUGAAAACAUGCAACUUGUCAAACGCGUGACGAAUGUAAACAAUAACAAUCCGGAUGACGUCACAGUACGCGAAUGGAGCGCAGAGAAGCAAGCGUUCUGCUCCACUUUUGUGAAUACCUUUACAGGAUGUAUAUCAGACGAAGAAAUGGAAGAUUGCCACCGGAAGUUGAGUCUUGUGUUCGGAGGGUUUGAUGUGCCGUUUCGAGUCACUAACCAGGACCUGAUCGAUGUCGUCCAAACUCGGUGUAAAGCUUUGCAACUCAAGCUUUCCGAUCGUAUGAUUGACAAGGUUCUGCUGCUCCAUCAGUCACUUCUUUCUACCGGCCGCCCGAUACUGGUGACCGGAACGCCAGGAACGGGCAAAAGUGCCUGCAUCGAUAUUGCCCUUGCCAUACCGAAGCCCGCCUACGCCGUCUGUCGCCUCAUCCCCAACACACUGCGGAAGUCCACCCAGCCGCGUGUAUUCGACCGCGAAUGGCUGGACAAUCUCAUACAGGCGAGCUUGAGCUCUCCAUCCUCCGGUGAGUGCAUCGGUAGAAAGUGUUUGAUAUUCGAUAGCGUACCGUGCAGCGAAUGGAUCGAUUGCGUCGCCCAGCUAGCACGCCCCGGGCACUACAUGAGCAACGAUUUUACGCCGAUUACGACCAGCGGCCCUGACCGUGACGUGAAAGUGAUCGUCGAGUGCGUUGGUCCGCUGCGUACGAUGACGCCCUCGUCGGUGUCACAUUUCGCGCUCGUCCACAUCGGCCCGGAUGAUCUCGGUUGGCAGGAGUUGGUGGACGUUUGGUUGGAGCAGAAGCCACAGAUUCUGUUGCGCGAGCAGUUGCAAGAACUGGUGAGGAAAAACAUGGAACCGUUGCUUUCCUUCCGCCGACAGGAGUGCCGUACCGUUGCGCCGAUUGCCGAUGUGUCGCUGGUACGCACGUUCUGUCAGCUGUGUGAUAGCCUGCUUGCGCCAUUCGAUAUGAGCAAAGUGUGGCGUCCGGAGACGGGCGAACCGAUGCUCCAGCGGUGGUCGGAAGCGCUGGUGAAGGUGUUCUUUUUCUGUGCCGUCUGGUCCGUCGGUGGUUCGAUGGACGAUGAAGGAGCACGGGGACGGUAUGAUCUACUGAUCCGGGAGCAGCAUCCCGAGGCGGGCUACCCGUUAAAGGGAAACGUGUACCAGUUCUAUGUUGACCUUCCGGAGGGCACGUGGCGGCCGUGGGAUACAAAACUACAGCUGCAGCUGUCCCAGAUACCGACAGGGACGGUGGACGGUGAUAGCCAAGGGAGCACCAUUUAUCGUAGCCCAUACGUACGAAGCCCGCAAACGAUCGCACAUGAAUUUCUCGUGAAGGCAAUGAUGGGAAAUGGAGCGCCAGUACUAGUAGCGAGUGAAACGGCCGUUGGUAAGACUGCUCUGGUGCAGACCAUACUCUCAGAGCUCGACCAAGAACGUUGGGCCUCGAUGCGCAUCGCGCUAACGCAAAGAACAACGCAACUGCAACUGCGCAAGCGUCUACGGUGCCAUGCGCUCAAGAUCAUGAAAACUCGCCUGUAUCCCGAGAAUCGCAAACGAAUGGUUUGCUUUUUUGACGAUCUGCACACCGCUCCCGCCAACCCGUACGCGGUGGAUGAGUUUAUCCGCGGCUUUAGCGUCACGAGCGGUUGGUAUGAGUCGGCCACACCAAUGUGCAUCGAGCAAUGUCAAACGGUGCUCGCGAUGCGCCUGCACCAAUGCCAUUCGCCGAACCCUCCCGUGAUGCAAAGUUUGCUGAACAAAUGCCAUCUCCUGGUGCUGACACCUCCGGCCGACGAACAGCUUGGACAAAUCUUUACCGACAUGAUACUGUCAACCUUCGGCGAGUCACCGCAACAGCAGACAUCCGUGCUCCGAUUGUUGGCGCCAGCGACGGUAGACUUUGUACGGCGCCUCACGCGAAGACUGCCGCCCACACCGACCCGGCUCCGGUACCAGUUUUCGCUGCAGACAAUCGCCACCAUAGUCCGCUCGGUGUGCCAUUGUCUGGGCGCUGCCGGUCGGGAUGCUUAUCUGGCGGAAAAGGCACAGCUACUGCGGCUGUGGAUACACGAAUGUUACCGGGAAUCGUGGGACCGGUUGGAACGGGCGGAUCACAGAAAAUUCUACGAGCUGCUGAACGAAACCGUGUCGGGCCAUUUUGAGGUGACGCUGCACGGGUUGUGUCCGAACAAUCAGAGUCCAAUUUUUACUGACAUGAUGCGCGACGGCAACCCGGGCAAGAAUCCCUACGAAGACGUGCGGGAUUUUAAUCAAUUGAUAACCCAUGUCGAGGAGCGUUGGAGUGAAGUGUCGGACGAUUCUACGAAAACCGUCAUCAUCCACCGGGAAGCCAUACAACACGCCACCAAAGUGCUCCGAAACGUUCGGCUCGGGCUGGGCGGCAUGGUACUGAUGGGUCAGCCUGGCAGCGGUAGGACCGUAGUUUGUCAGCUUGCCGCACGGCUUUCCCCAUCCAAACCGAUCACUUUCCAUCGGCUGAACGUAAAGGCUCGAGACCCACCGGAAGCGAUUGAGAGUGAGUUUUCGAGACUGUUUCAAGUGUGUCUGGGGCAGCCGGGCACGGUGCAGCUGGUGAUGGUAAAUCUGGACGAUACCGUCGAAGCGGAACCAAACGAACGGCUGAUGGAGCUGCUCGGUGGAAUAAUAGCCGGUGAAGAGCUGGGCGUUCUUUUUUGCGAGAAUACCUUAACCGAGCAGCAGACCCACAGCAACCUGGGAGAAGGCACCAAGGAGCGCGUCCUGAGCACGAUGGACUCGUGGCAGAAAGUACGGACCAAUUUACACUUUGUCCUGUGCUUACCCUUGGAAGUGGCUGCAUUCAGAACCAUGCUGCAACGCUAUCCAUCGCUGGCGCGUGUUCUCACCGUCGACUGUAUGCACGAUUGGCCGGAGGCGUCGCUGGUGGAGAUUUCCCAGAAGUAUCUGCUCAAAAACGUCCCGCUCGACGUGCACAUCCAGGGAGCGGAUGCCGACAGUUCGGUCAAGAAGGCCCGAAGAAGAGAAAGCUUGGUCGAAAGUACCGAGAGUCGGCUUCAGAAAUCGACGCAUGAUUUAUUGUUUCGCAUACAUUAUGCGAUCCAAACGGAGGCGAUUUUGCCGACCGCCGCUAAGCGGAAUAUAAUUGCACCCUGCAGUUGGUAUUUCGAGCUGCUCGAUACGUUCGAAAGAGUGUUACGCGUAAAAAGGCUAGAAUUACAGGCCCUCCAUCGCAAGUUUCGCAUCGGUAUCGAACGUAUCGAGGAUGCGACACAAAAGGUGGCCAAUCUUUCCGAGGAGCUCCAGCAGCGGCAGCGCGAGAUAGCGACGUUUCAGGAGCAGCUGGACGAGUUUCUGGAGGAGAUCGAUCGCCAAACGAGGGAAGCGGACGAACAGACGGAAGAGGUGUCGGUGAAGCGUGUCAAGAUCGGUGCGGAAGAGGUUGUGUGCAAACAGCUGGCGGAGGUUGCUGGGGCCGACUUGCAGCGCGCGAUGCCGGCACUGAAUGCGGCCGUGGCCGCGCUCGAUUCACUCAACAAGAAGGACAUGAACGAGAUCAAAUCGUACAGCCGUCCGCCGACCCGUGUGGAGCUGGUGAUGGAGGCGGUGAUGAUACUGCUCGGCAAGGAGCCAACCUGGGCGGAGUCGAAGCGUCAGCUGGGUGAGCAAAAAUUCUUGGACACGCUGAAAGGUUUCGAUCGGAACAAUAUCACCGAGCGGACGCUUAAGACGAUCGGGGGUUAUGUGCGAAAUCCGGACCUGGAACCGGAUAAGGUGGGAACGGUUUCGAAAGCGGCCAAGUCAUUGAUGCUUUGGGUACGGGCGAUUGAAAACUAUGGCAAAGUGUACAAAUUCGUAGGUCCAAAAAUUCGCAAAAUGGAGGAUGCUAAUGCAUCGCUGUUGGAGAAACAGAAUGAGCUGGCAGCUGCAGAACGGAAGCUGAUCGAACUGGCCGAAAAGCUGGCCCAGUUAAGGGCGGAGUACGAUGCAAAGAUGGCCGAGAAGCUACUGCUGGAAGAGACAGCUCGCCAAAUGGCGCUCAAGCUAGAGCGCGCUCGUAACUUGGUGAACAACCUGGCUGGCGAAUGUACCCGGUGGCUUGCGACAAAGAGCGAGCUGGAGUCCACCUAUGCCCGGCUGAUCGGUGACACACUGCUAGCGGCCGGAUAUCUCACCUAUCUCGGUCCGGUAAACAUAGAAACGCGUACCAACCUUCUCGCCCAGUGGUUAAUCGAUCUGGAAAUGCACGAAACGCCCUUCACGCCUAAAUUUUCACUCACUGCCUACUUCUACGAUCCGGGUGUGUUGAUCCGGUGGCACGAGAACGGUCUCCCGCCGGACGACUUUUCGGCGGAAAAUGCUACGAUUCUGAUGAAAAGUACACGCGUGGCGUUGAUCGUUGAUCCGCAGGAGGAGGCCCAGAAGUGGUUGAUUGCGGAGCUGGAGGGGCGUGUAAAGUUGGUCGAUUUUGAUGAUGAAAUUUGUGAGUCAACGUUGGUGGAAGCGUUCGAACGCCACGAACCACUGAUGGUGGAAAACGUUAACCGUAGGAAUGUGAGUGAGCUGGACGAACUGUUUACACUGCGAGACACGGUUGCGACGAACUGUGGCAAGUGUCGGCAGAAGAAUCAAUCGAGCGAAAUGGCGCAUCCUUUGUAUCUGGUUGGACAGGAACCGCUGCGUAUGUCGGGUGCGCUGGUGAAGCGGGUGAAUCAGCUGAGCUUUGUGCUGGCUGCGGAAGGGCUGGAAAUGAAAAUGUUGGGACUGCUGGUACAGAGUGAAAAUCCGUCACUCGAGGAGCGUAAGGAAUUACUGCAGCAAACCAUACUGCAAAACAAGAAAACUCUUGUAGAUCUUGAGGAGCAGAUAUUGCGUAUAUUGAACGAAAGUAAAAUACCGCUCCUGGAGGACGAAGAGUUGUACCGUGUGUUGGAAAGCUCACGCGCUACGUUCGAAACUGUGUCGAGCGGAUUACAGCAGGCCGAGCAGACUCGUCUCGAGAUCGAAACUUCCCGGGAAGUGUAUCGAAGCUGUGCUGCCCGUUCAGCGCUACUAUUCCUCGUGCUUGGUGAUCUGCAACUGUUCAAUCCACUCUAUCGCUACUCUCUGGACUGGUAUCAGGCCCUCUUCCUGAUCUCGCUUGAGCGCAGUGGACGUGUGCAACAGGUUGCCGAAAGAAAGCGCCGAAUAGACGAUUAUCAUACAUUCAAUGUCUUCCGCAUUGUGUCCCGCGGAUUGUUCGAAAACGAUCGGAAGCUUUUCGCGUUCUACCUCUGCGUUCGUCUACUGUUUGCCGAGGAAGCGUUGAGUCCACGCGAAUUUCGCUUCCUCAUAUUUGGAGCCGGUAAAAUCGAUCGCCAAGAGCAGAUGGAAAACCCUUGCCGCAGUUGGCUUACCGACCGCCACUGGGAUCAGCUGACCGACCUGGACCGACUGCCAGGAUUUCACGGCAUAGUGGAAUCAUUCGCCGAACUGCCGGACGACUGGAGACAGUGGUACCUUUCGUCGGUGCCCGAAGUAUCGCCGCUGCCCGGCAGUUGGGAGAUAAAUUUGAAACAGUUCCAGAAAUAUCUUAUCGUCCGAAGCUUGCGGUUGGAUCGGAUUGAAAAUUGUAUGAGUGACUUCACACGGGACACGUUGGGAGCGAAAUACGUCAAUGUGCCCGUGGGUUCGCUGGACGACGCUUACCAGGAGUCAACAUCCCACACCCUGGUGCUGCUGCUUCUGCGUGGCACUUCUAAUCCUCUGGCAAAGCUGGAACGGUUAGCCCGUAAAGCGCACGGGUCGCCGACGGAAGAAGGUGAGGGCAAGAAGUGUUUCGAAACGCUCGCAAUAACCGAGGACCGAAUGGAAGCGUUUAUCGGGCUGCUCCGACGAUGCAUAAUGGAUGAAGCUUGGCUGUACGUUAGCGAUUGUCAUCUUUCCGUCGCGUUCCUGAAGCAGCUUCCCCACGUGGUCGCUUUCCUGAAGCGCAACAAUCUCAACUCCAAGUUUCGCCUGUGGCUUAGCUCCAAGCCGCACGAGGCACUGCCCCUGUCAGUGUUGCAAAACUGCAUCAAGCUGACAUACGAAGAGCCAAAGGGCAUCAAGCGUCAUAUGGGCAAUCUGUACGACGAAAUCGGUGAGGCACGGUUCAAGAAAUCGACCGCCGCCAUGAAAGGGAGUUCCACGAACGCUGGCACCGAGACGCACUACAAGCGGUUGCUGUUCGCGAUGGCUUUUCUGCACGGUUUGCUGCUCGAGCGGAACAACUUUCAACAGCUCGGCUGGAUCGAACCGUACCAGUUUGUCAACAAUGAUUUUUGCCUGGCAGAAAGUCUUGUGUCGUACGGGCUGGAGAAGUUGCUGGUGAAGAAAGCUCCUGACCCGCGGCAUCAGCGUGGCAAGGGUGGCCGUACGAAAGCCUCGAGCGCGGACGUUAGCCUCGAGGACGAUUUUCAUGGUUUGGAUCAGGGCGAGGAUGAGCAACAGCACGAUGCGACGCCCUGGCAGUUUAUAAAGGGUGCCGCCCUUGAGCUUUGCUAUGGUGCUCAAAUCGGCUCACGCUGGGACCGUCGCAUCUACGAGACAUAUCUGGAGGAUCUGUUCGAAUCGCGACUGCUAGCACCGACGACUGUCGCGGCACCGUCGCCCACCCCACGUGGUUGGUUCCGGAUGCCACGGGACGGACCGUACCAGACGUACGUGGAGUUCAUCGGCACCCAGCUGCCAGACCGCGACGGCAUUGAUGUCUUUGGCCAGCACGAGAACGCAAACAUUAAAUAUUUGAAAUCACGCUCCGACUACAUGCUGCAGAUGCUAACCAGAGUGGCAAAGGACCCGGCCCAGCAUGGAUCGCAGCAACAACAACAGCAGCAGCCACAGCAACACGCUGGACAGGAUCAUGAGCGCACAACGCAAACAAUCUCGGACCUCUUAUCGACGCUUCCUGUUUACCUGGACUACGAGAAUGCGCUCCGGAUUGUGGGUGCCGGUGCAAACAGAACGUCCGUUGCGGAUGCACUGCUGGCGGAGGUUCGCACCUACAAUGCGAUCCUAGCCCGGGUCCGGUCCGACUGUCACUGUCUGUCCCGGAUGUUGACGGGUGCAACGAACGAACUGCUGGAUGAGGAGUCGGACCGGUGGAGUGUGCUGUUGGGAGCGCUUCAGCUAAACAAGGUGCCCGAAAGGUGGGCCAAAGGUGGUGAAGCAGAAACGAGCUCCCGCACGGUUGAGAUUCGUGUGUCACUGUCCGAUUGGGUACUGCAGCUACGGGAGCGCGUCCAAUACUUUCGACGGUGGACAGAAACGGGUCAACUUCCGGUGGAGAUACUGUUGGGACGCUUUACCGAUCCGAACCGUUUCCUCAGCGGUGUACUGCAGCUCCAUGCUAAAGCAUACGGAAUUCCGUUCGAAGAGCUACGGUGGGAUUUUACGAUCUACACCACGAACAAACCGUUGGAGCGUAUCCCGAUACAGGACGGUUUCAUUGCACGGGGAUUGAAGUUGGAGAAUGGUAGUUGGGAUUGGGAGAAGCAAACACUUACCGUACCGGACAUUUUGGAGAUGACUUGUCCGAUGCCACCGGUCGCUUUUCGUCCUGUUCGAAGAUCUGGACAGAGUGGAGAAAUAUCCGAACGCUCGCCGUACUACGAGUGCCCCGUAUUUUACAGUCCGGAGCGAAGUGAAGAUGCAUUUAUUUUGACUCUUCCACUGCUCGUUGGUGAGCAACAGGAUGCACAGGCCUGGGCCAUGUUCAAUACGGCUCUGCUGCUGAAUGACUAGAGGAAGUCGAAAA